UGGAGCGCCCCGGCGGCGUUAUGGGUCUGUGGUGAGCGCCCGGCACCGCUGCCUGCUCUACUGUUCCCCCCCCCCCCCCCCUCCGCCCCGCGGCUAUGGCCCCCAUGGGGAUCCGUCUCUCGCCGCUCGGCAUGGCUGUGUUCUGCCUGCUGGGGCUGGGUGUUCUCUACCACCUCUACUCCGGCUUCUUGGCCGGCCGCUUCGCCUUCUUUAUGCUGAGCGAGUCGGCGGCCGGCGAGCCCGAGACCCCCCACGGCUCUGGUGCCGUGGACCUGCGGGAGCUGCUGGCCGUGUCCGUCCUGGCUGCUGUCAGGGGUGGGGAGGAGGUGAAGCGGGUCCGUGAUGGCAACGACCUCAAUGCCAAGGCCAAGGGGAAGACGCGGGAGGGGGCCGAGGAGCAGCUGACGAGCGGUGACCUGCUGUCCAACCGCAAGAUGUUCUAUCUGCUGAAGAGCGCCUUCCCCGCCGUGCAGAUAAACUCUGAAGAACGUGUUGAUACAGCUGAUAAGGAGACAGUCUCUUGGAAUCGCAGUAUUCCUGAAGACAUAAAACAAAAAAUACAGCCUAAAGAGGUUCCAGCAGAAAGUGUUACUGUCUGGAUCGAUCCAUUAGAUGCUACACAAGAAUACACAGAGAAUCUCCGACAGUACGUCACGACAAUGGUUUGCGUGGCUGUAAAUGGUAAACCAGUAAUAGGAGUGAUACACAAGCCAUUCUCGGCAUAUACAGCCUGGGCAAUGGUGGAUGGUGGGUCAAAUAUAAAAGCUCGUUCUUCCUACAAUGAGAAAACCCCAAGGAUUAUCGUAUCCCGCUCCCAUGCAGGAAAAGUUGAGCAGGUUGCACGACAGACAUUUGGAAAUAAAACUGUGAUAAUCCCAGCUGGUGGAGCAGGCUAUAAAGUGUUGGCCCUCCUUGAUGUGGCUGAAAAGAAUCAAGAAGAAGCUGAUGUGUAUAUCCAUGUCACCUACAUUAAGAAGUGGGACAUAUGUGCUGGAAAUGCAGUGUUGAGAGCAUUGGGUGGCCAUAUGACUACCCUAUCUGGUGAAGAAAUUAGUUACACUGGCUCAGAUGGCAAUGAGGGAGGACUUAUAGCCAGUAUCAACAUGAACCAUAAAGCACUAAUUGAAAAACUUCCAGAUCUGGAAAAAACAUCACACAAAUAAACAUGACUGAUGGAGAAGUACAAGUCAUGCUUUUGUAACCUCCAAAUGCUCUGUCUGAAGAAGCAGGUGUGGAAAACCUGCUGGGAAAGAUGCACAGCAAAGCAGUUUGGUGUGGGUUUGGGGACUAUAUCAUGCAUUGGGUUUCUUCAGUGGUGGUAUUUAAAAAAGAAUAAUAAUCAGAAGUAGGAAGGGGACUGACUGCCUCACAUCUCAGUUUCCAUGUUUUAUUUUUUUCAGACUGUUUUCAUGCAGUUCUUACACUGAAGGUGCAUUUACAGUAUAUAUUGGUGAAUGUAGGUGAACUAAAGAAAAAUCCAAAAUUAUUCAUAAGUAGUUCUCACAGGAAUUUCUUGGAACCUUUUACAUCUUGUUACUGUAGUUGUAGCAACUGCAUAAUGAAUUAGGUAGGGAAAGGUUGAUUUAUAUAGGCAUCUGAUAACUGUGGACAGUUUAGCAGGAAACAUGAUUCUGUGUUCUGUAUCCCCUGAAUGGAAAGCACAAGAAGGUUGACACAUUUAUAUGCAGCAGCAGUUUAUAUUUGACAGUGUGGCACUCCUUUUUAAGAGAGAGAAAAAAACCCAACAUGUUCUGUACUGUUUUGACUUUUUCCUGUAGAUGUAAACUAGUUUAGUUGAGAUGGGUUGUGAAUAUCAGUGGUUUAUUAAUCAGUGUAUUUAUUUCCAUAUACCUUUUUUUAAAGAAGGCAGCAUUUCUGUGUAUAAUUUUUAACAGUUACUUCUGGUUCUUGAUUUCUGCUUAGAGUGUUGAAGAUGCAUGCUGGACUUUAAUGCAGGACUUGUUCAUCGUUUGGUGUUUGUGCCUGUAGAAGCUGCCUCUUCCUUCAGUACCUGGGGUGUUGUUUUUUUUUUGUUUCUGUUGUUCCACUGGACAGAGUCAUAUGAAACGAGUUUAACAGAAAUAGUAAGUUGAUUGGUUAGUUUUGUUUACAACAUGACAUAAAACCCAGCAAUUUUUCUACAACCCCCAAAAUAACUUUCUUUUUAGGUUAAGGUGCACUCUUUUCUGCAAAAAGCUCUUGAGCCAUCCCAAGCAGCUUGCAGUUACUCGGUUUGUGAUACUUUAUAUAGAGAGAGACAAUUUGAAUGUGAAUCUGUUCAAGCAAGUCUUUGAAGAACAUGUGCUUAAAGUACAGCAGGGUCUGCAAAACAUUACUAAAAAAUGUUCUUUGUCCAUUCAGUAUAUACAGAAGAGAACGUGGGCCCUUUGAUAUCAAAUGAGUUUGUUGCACCUCAAAAACACAUGGACUUCUAUCUGCAAAAAUGUAUCCAUCUGUAUUGUUCUCUGCAUCCCUUUGAAGGGUUUCAGAAGGUUAAAAAUUUACCUGUUAUUUGAAUUAUCAGUAGGUAAGCUUCCCAUCUCGCUUUGAAAGCUAAAAUUCUUCAUUAAUAUAGAUUCUUUCUGUUCAAAGUUUAUUCAGUAUAAGCUUAGGCUGUUUAAACCAAAUCCUUGCAUUACUUUCAUUUGAACUUCUUUUAUCAUACUGCUGUUCUGAUUAAGAAGAGGUUUUUCUCCUUAUAUUGGUAGUGGAGCAUGUUAGAUGCGUUUUUUAACUUCUAGCUAAUACUCAUAUUUCCAAAAGACAGCCUCCUCAGAUGUUGCAUGACAACAGAUACAGACUUUUAUUUUGUAAACUUACUGGCAAAGUAGACUGCAGCUUAGUCCUACUAGCCUUCUGGUACGGGUAGUUUUUUUAGAGAACUCUUUUUCCAAAAUUGACACUAUUGCUGCUGUUUGAAAAUAGCUUUUAUGCAUGUAGAUAAUACACAAAGGAACUUCCAGUUUUUAAAUUACUAUAUGCUGUGACAAAUAACUGAACAAGCCCUUUUUAAAAAGGGUCUGAUCUAUUUUGAAGAACUUGUUGAGCUUCCAAACCUCAGUAAAGAAUAAUAAAUCCAGGCUUUAGUAAUAUUUUACAAGAAGACUGCAGCUCUUUUUCCUUCAGGCUGAUUUAAAUGACUUAAAGCCUAAUAAAAAUAAUAAAAAAAAAUAUGGAGCAGCUCUUCUGUUUAUUAGUUAAAGAACACUGAUUAAAAUUUAAACAUGAGAAAUAGCCAUAGUUAGCCUAGUAUUAAAACCUAAUUGUGUCACAGAGGUUGAAUGCACAAUACUUAAAUAGGCAAUUAAAGUCUGUGGCACAUUGUGGUUUUAGAUUCAGGUUGAAAUCAUAUGUUAGCUUACCUUGUGAAAAUGUGCUUUUUUUUCAGGUACGAUUCUAUCACAUCCUUGCAUAAGCUGUGAUCAGACUUAGCUUCUAUAUGAGAAAUGAAAAAUAAGAUGUUACAUGUUGUAUGAGGGUUUACUUCAACCUCUUAGUUGAAAGUAUAGAACAGUAAACAAGUAUUUGCAUGAAUUAUUCUUCCUUAGGAAGAGAAGGUCCAGGGAAGAGCUUCAGUCCUCCUUUCUUUCCUCCCCUAUGCUGGCAAAAAUACCUGGUCUUCCAUUGGGAAGGUGUGUGCUUGGUUAGACCCAUUUGUAUCCUAAAUUGUCUUGUUGCAAUGGAUCAGUGUUUAGUACCUUUCAUGGGGACCCUUACUGGCCCAAUACUAUUUUUUGUGACAUGAAAGAAAAGUGAGAGUGAGGUGCCCAGUUAAUUACUUCUAGGACAGCCUGAGCUUGUACAGCUUUCCCACAGCUGAGGCCUAAGGUGGUGCUUGGGGUUUACCAGUCUAUUUCAAUAGAGGAGUUGCUUGGUGUGAGAAUAGGUAAGAACCUGGUGAAUAUCGGUUUCUGAUGUCAUUUUACAAUAAAUGCAACUCUUAUGCAGACCAGCAGUUGUUCAGAAGUACUUAGUGCACAUGUGUUAGUGCACUUCAAUACUUGUUUGUGUAGUGUUAACACUCAGUAUGUCUUAUUUCUUUGACUGUGUUUACACUCCAUUCUAAAACUUUGUUACUCUGGCUUAAGUAUUUGUUUGGUCCUAGCUGCAUGGAUGUGACUUAAGCUUAUGCCCAGAGUGGUGGGAAAUCAUACCAUACCCAUGUCUCACUGCUGGACUAGAACACUGUACUUUACAUUUUAGCAUUUUCCACAUAAAACUCUAAUAUGAUUUUUAGGGAUGCUAAUUAAAACAGUUGCAUGGAGGAGGUGGGUCCUAUGAAAGUAUGCCUUUUCUACAAAUUUCAAUUAAAAGAAUUCACGGUAUCUUAGUAGCUCCAAACAAGGGAACUAAGAGAAUAUAUUGUUUUAGCAUUGGUUUUCCAAUGGUGAAUUUUUUGAGUGGCUAUUAUGGUUAAGGUAAUUGCAGGUGAAAUUAUUCUAAAGCCGUAUGUAUUUUCUCUGUUUCAUUCCGAUAAAAAGAGCAGAUGGUAGGAUAGAUCAUACCUCAUACUGUACUGAGAGUCCUAACUUGAGUGAAUAUUUUCUAAAUAAAUGGAUACAGAAGUAAAAGGGUUGAAUAUUGUACUUGCCUAGUUUCAAGAUUAGCCUUUUUGCCAGACUUUUACAGGUGGACUUAUAUAAGAGCUGUUUGUUCUGAUCUGCAGAGCACUUAAUAUUAUGAAAAUAUUUAGCAGAGACGGCUUAAUCAGAUGGUGAAUUAACCAAUAGGUGAAGCUGCAAAGUCAUCUAGAGGUGUUGUUUCAUGUAUUUGCUUUUACAGCAUGGUCAUUAGAGUAGACAGAUUUCAGCUGUGAGAAGAGAUUUAUUUUUUCUAAUGGCCAGUGGUUGGAGAUCGAGGGCAUGGAAGGGAGUCAGCACUCUAGCUCAUAUCUGCUUUUUGUUUAUAAGCAAAUGUAUCCCAAAAUCUUUGUAGCAUCCUGUUAUCUGCUGCAGUUGUACAACUGCUGUACAAUACUGUAUACUGUCGGCUUAACAGUGUAAAGCAGGGAGUCUGCAUCCCCCGAGAACAGCGCAAUGAGAAGUGACUGAAUGUUGUGCUGGGCCUCCUCUGUGUUAUGCCAGCAGAGGCUUCCUGUUACAUUGUAUUGUAGAUGUCAUUCCAAGUGUAGUUUCUCUGAUGGCAAAACUGCUUUUCUAAGCUAUAGGCUCCCCAGUUGUGCCCAACCGCUUUGUGGAACUGUUUUCUAAAGUAAUCUAGAGAAGUGGAGAGGAAAGCAGCAGAUGGCUGUGCUGCAAAAAUUGUAACAAAGAACAUUAUUUUUGUUUCUUGAUUUUUUUUUUUUUUUUUUUUUUUUUUUUUUUUUUUUUAAAUUACUUUGAUAGUUUCACUUCUUUCAUCCUUCAGGGGUUAGGCGACCAUACAGGUAAGAUUUAAUGGACCACAUAUAAAGGCUUGUGGGAUUUUAAGCCCAAACAGGAUGAGGGCAGGGGUUGCUGCCUCUAACCAAGGAGUGCCUGAAUGGAUGGUUUUCUGUCGGGACACUCACACUGAGCCUUUUUUCAGUGUUUUGUUGUAGAGAUUUAGGCCCUUCCCCACAAACCAUUACAGAUUACGCUUUGCCAAAAUAACGUUCAUAGUCUGCCUUCUGACCUGCAGUCCUCAGUGAUAAAAAACUGCAUGAUAUCAACUUCAUUGUAAUAUAACUUGAUGAGACAAGACUGUGGUAGCCAACUCUGAGGGUUGAAAAGGUUGCUUUACUUUUGAACCACACCUUCUGUAUCGUAGCUAGUAUGAAGUGCUAGCCCACUGCCAGUGUCUUCUCACCCCAGAUGCAAGUCAUGCCUCUCAGGUUGUAUCAAGAAGCUGUUGAAGCCUUAUACUUCAUGGUUUUCAGAUGCCAUACCAGCUCUUUCAGCUCUUCUGAGAGAGGUUCAGAAGUGCUCAUAAUAUUUCCUCUGGAGCCAGUAAUUAGCCAUUUUCCCUUCUUUGCUGUUCCUCAUCUCUGUGGUUUCACAAUGCUUUCCUCUUUGUUAGUCCAUGUGGACAUGAAAAAUGUGAGAUUGCAGGUAGAGGCUGUCCCAGAGUGAAAGGACCACAGCAGUAAGCUACCCAGUUUAUCCCAAAGCUGUUAUGGUUUGGGACCAAGGCCUAAGGUGCUGAUCCUACCAGAAGUGUGAUAGAUGCCAACAAAAUAAAGGCAACUUGGAAAGAUGUUCAUAUGGUUGGUUCAUACUGAACAUGUAGAAAAGCUGACAGUGGGCUAAAGAGAACUUAAACUGUCUGAAAAAGUAAGAGAAGAAAACAGCUGCUCUGUGUAAUCUUAAAAGCAUUCAGUAUUUCUGUUCCUCUGGGUGCAGAGCUCUGUUGCUUACGAAUGAAGCUCCAUUGGCCCUCUGUGAAAGGCCUGAUUUUGUUGAGGUCAGUAGUAGCAUUCCCACUGCAUGCAAUGUGAGCAGAUGCAAGCCAGAUAAAACGCAAACAGUAAAUUAAGUUAAGCUUUGAAGAGCUCUGCUUCAUGCCAAUAGAGCAAACAAUGUGUGUUGUGUUAAACUCGCCUCUGGUGGCUUCAGUCUAUGUUACUGGAGAGCUUGGAAACAUCAUACCAGUGUCUCAAAGUUUGAAGACUUUCAGGCUUUUUUAUGGCUUACAGCUCAGAGAACCCACUUUCAGAUAAUACUCUUUUCAACCCCAGUUGUUCCUUACUUGUAAUUCACAGUUCUUUUUUUCUCCCCAAAGGACCAGCAACACUGGCUUUCUUUUCUUGUUGUCCCACCAAAUUGUAUUAGCAUUUUCCAAUUGUGUGCCAAAUUGAAAUAACAAUUCUAUAAAUAAACUCUCUGAAAAUACUGGUC